AUGUCGGCAUCUUCCAACUCGAAAGAGCAGAACGAAAGUGGAAAAGCGUUGAAGGAAACACCUUCGAAGGAACAAGAUAUGCCUCCUCAAGCUGAACAAGACAAAAUGAUGAUGAAUGAUCCACUUGGAGCACUUGCGUCCGCGGCAAUGGCCGCAGAAGCCUCAGAGGUCUCUUGCUCUGAUACAUCCAAAGAAGACACCUCUGCUAGUAGUAAGAAGAAGAACGCAUCAGAGUCCGACAAGGUUGAGAAGGACGACAAGUCAAAGCCUGCGAACAAGCAAGAGCAAACGAAUGUUGCAGUGAAUGUCCCGCCAACAAUUUCGUUCCCCCGCCCAGCUCAAGGAUACCCACAUUCAUACCACGCCAUGCCACCUUAUCCUCCGCGCCCAAUGCCUCCAGGAUACUAUCCUCACUACCACGAGGGGCACUACCGCUGGGGUGGUGGCUAUGCUGGAGAACACCCCCAAGCACCACCAGGCCCAUACUACUGGAAACACGGUCCAUAUCCCCCACCUCCACCACACAUGAUGCGACACUACCGCGAAGGCACGGCUUAUGGUCCCUUCAUGCAUGGACCUCCACCACAUCCAUAUGGAUACAGGGUAGACGGCAGCCCUACACGAGGAGAGGCAGCAUCACCAGAAAUCCCUUCCAAUAGCAAGGGCUCGAAUCAAGGUACUCCUUCAAGUCACUCAACAUGUACUCCACGCCUUGUUGACUCUUCUCCUAACAAGGAGACCAGAAAUUGUCUGGUACAACCAGCUCUCGACGAAGAAAACAGGGCUCCUGCAAAGGAGAAGACGGAAAAGAUCGAUUCCAGAGCAAUUUUCAAGCGCCGUGCAUCCAUGGGUAAAUGGACAGAGGAAGAAGAUGACUGCUUGCGCCAAGCAGUUUCAGACUAUGGGGGUAAGAGCUGGAAGAAGAUUGCAUCUCGUCUGUCAGGGAGAACAGAUGUGCAAUGUCUUCAUAGAUGGCAAAAGGUCCUUAAACCUGGUCUGAUCAAGGGACCAUGGACACCGGAAGAAGACUCUAAGGUCGUUCGCCUUGUGAAGCUUCACGGCAACAAGAAGUGGAGCUUCAUUGCUCGCCAGUUAAAGGGGCGUUUGGGAAAACAGUGCCGCGAACGCUGGUAUAACCACCUUAACCCAGAUAUCAACAAGUCCGAGUGGACUGAAGAAGAGGAUUUGGUAUUGAUGGAAGCUCACAGGGAAUUGGGAAAUCGUUGGGCUGAAAUCGCUAAGAGGUUACCGGGACGUACAGACAACUCUAUCAAAAACCGAUGGAAUUCUACUCUCAAGAGGAUAUUGAACAGAGAGGGAGGGGCUGGACUCAAGCGAAACCGCAAGCCUUCCGUUUCUUCCAAGGAAGACAAACCAGACUCUGAGGGAUCUGAUAGUGAUACCAACAGUGAUGCAACUUCCAAGGGAGGAAAGAAAGCAAAAACUGGCGAACAUGUGGCAACAAGUACAGCACCCAAAGAAAAGAAAUCUCCCAAGUCCGUGGCUGCUCUUCAGAGCGACGCCGACCUGUUGCUUGGAUUCAACAGAGGGUCAUCACCUCCAAUCACUUCAGCGUAA